CCCGCGAUGGAGCCCGCAGCCCGGGGUCGCGCCCCGCCCUGAGCGCCCCCGCAGGCGGCCAUGCUGCCCCGAGGGCGCCCCCGGGCGCUGGGGGCCGCCGCGCUGCUGCUGCUGCUACUGCUGCUGCUGCUGCUCGGAUUCUUCCAGUUCGGCGGGGACCUGGAGCGUGAGCGCCGCGGGCGGGCAGGCGAGGGGGGGGGCCCGGGAUCCUGCCCCUGCGCGCUGACGCCACGUGUCCCCCCAGACGGCCGGCCGCGGGGGGCUGCUGCCCUCGACGGAGCCCCGCCGGCGGACGCUGGGGGCCACAACCGCUCCGACUGCGUCCCGCCGCGGCCGCUGCCGCCCAAGUGCGAGCUCUUGCACGUGGCCAUCGUGUGUGCGGGACAUAACUCCAGCCGGGAUGUCACCACCCUGGUGAAGUCUCUGCUCUUCUACAGGAAAAAUCCACUGCACCUCCACUUGGUGACUGAUGCCGUGGCCAGGAGCAUCCUGGAGAUGCUUUUCCACACAUGGAUGGUGCCCGCUGUCUGGGUCAGCUUCUACGACGCUGAUGAGCUCAAGCCCCAGGUCUCCUGGAUCCCCAACAAGCACUACUCUGGCCUCUACAGGCUAAUGAAGCUGGUGCUGCCCGGCACUCUGCCCCUUGACCUGGCCCGUGUCAUUGUGCUGGACACAGAUGUCACCUUUGCCUCUGACAUCGCAGAGCUCUGGGCGCUUUUUGCUCACUUUUCUGACGAGCAGGUGAUCGGUCUUGUGGAGAACCAGAGCGACUGGUACCUGGGCAACCUCUGGAGGAACCACAGGCCCUGGCCUGCCUUGGGCCGGGGCUUCAAUACAGGCGUGAUCCUCCUGCAGCUGGACCGGCUUCGGCAGGCUGGCUGGGAGCAGAUGUGGAGGCUGACGGCUACGCAGGAGCUCCUCACCCUGCCUGCCACCUCGCUGGCCGACCAGGACAUCUUCAAUGCCGUCAUCAAGGAGCACCCGGGGCUGGUGCAGCCCCUGCCCUGCGUCUGGAACGUGCAGCUGUCAGACCACACGCUGGCCGAGCGCUGCUACUCGGAGGCGUCUGAUCUCAAGGUGAUCCACUGGAACUCACCAAAGAAGCUGCAUGUGAAGAACAAGCACGUGGAAUUCUUCCGCAACCUCUACCUGACCUUCCUGGAGUACGAUGGGAACCUGCUGCGGAGAGAGCUCUUUGGGUGCCCUAGCCUGCCCCCACCUGGGGCCGAGCAGUUGCAGCGGGCGCUGGCACAACUCGACGAGGAGGAUGCCUGCUUCGAAUUCCGGCAGCAGCAGCUCACUGUGCACCGUGUGCACAUCACCUUCCUGCCCCAUGAGCCGCCGCCCGCCCAGCCCUAUGAUGUCACCCUGGUGGCCCAGCUUUCCAUGGACCGGCUGCAGAUGCUGGAAGCCCUGUGCAGGCACUGGCCGGGCCCCAUGAGCCUGGCCUUGUACCUGACAGACGCAGAGGCCCAGCAGUUCCUGCGUUUCGUCGCGGCCUCGGCGGUGCUUUCUGCCCGGCAGGAUGUGGCUUACCAUGUGGUGUACCGGGAGGGUCCCCUCUACCCCAUCAACCAGCUUCGCAACGUGGCCUUGGCCCAGGCCCUCACGCCUUACGUCUUCCUCAGUGACGUUGACUUCCUGCCUGCCUACUCCCUCUACGACUACCUCAGAGCCUCCAUCGAGCAGCUGGAGCUGGGCAGCAGGAGGAAGGCGGCUCUGGUGGUGCCAGCGUUUGAGACCCUGCACUACCGCUUCAGCUUCCCCAGUUCCAAGGCCGAACUGCUGGCCUUGCUGGACGCUGGCUCUCUCCACACCUUCAGGUACCACGAGUGGCCCCGGGGUCACGCGCCCACAGACUACGCCCGCUGGCGGGAGGCUCAGGCCCCAUACCGUGUGCAAUGGGCAGCCGACUACGAGCCCUACGUGGUGGUGCCACGUGACUGUCCCCGCUACGACCCCCGCUUUGUGGGCUUUGGCUGGAACAAGGUGGCCCACAUCGUGGAGCUGGAUGCACAGGAAUAUGAGCUCCUGGUGCUGCCGGAGGCCUUCGCCAUCCACCUGCCACACGCCCCGAGCCUUGACAUCUCUCGCUUCCGCUCCAGCCCCACCUAUCGCGACUGCCUGCAGGCCCUCAAGGACGAGUUCCACCAGGACCUGUCCCGACACUACGGGGCUGCUGCUCUCAAAUACCUCACGGCCCUGCAACAGCCCCGAGGCCCCGCCACCUGACCCCCAAGAUGGGCCUGUGUGCCCCCCGCCCCGCCCCUCGCCUCGGCCCUCACACGGUCCCUGCAGACACUAGAGCAACUUCGCCGCCCCUCCCACCUCCCGCUAUUUAAAUUAUUUAAGGUCUCUGUGGGAAGGGCUGUGGUGGAGCAUCUGUGGGGUGGGUCCUGGGGGCACCCCUUGCUGCUCUUUAUGGCUGGGUCUAGUCUCCCUCUGCCCCAGCUAGUUUGGGGCUGGUUCCCCCAUCAACGGUAUAUCCCUUUUUCAUAAUUAAAGUUUUAAAAGCUC